AUGCCCUCUCCUCUCGACCACCACCUUCCGCCCUGGCUCAGCAUGAUCUCUGACCGCAUGCAGCGCACCAUCCACGUCGAUACCACCGCCUCGUCCGACCAAGUUCGCAGCGUGUUCAGCCGAUCUGGAGAAAUUCGACGCAUAUACCCGGCGCGACUCCCCGGCGAACCCGGCACCCCUGGAUACUACGUUGAAUAUCGCGAUCAACCGGCCGCAAACGCUGCCUCGAGCCUGUCCAUGCCCACCUCGAUGGCCGUGCAUGCGCUCGACCGCUAUCCCAAGCUUGCAGAUCGCUUCUUCGCCAUCGCGACCUCCGCCCCGCCUCCUGCGGCGAACCUGCCCCAGAAGCCUCCGCCCGAGGUGCUGGAGAGUGCGGUCGACGCAGACGCGCGCUAUCCGACGUAUCUCCGGCAGAUUUCCAAACAGGCGACGCUCUGCGACCGCACUUUCACCAUCCUCGAACCGGCUCCCAUGAACGGCUCCUCCUUCGGCUCGUACAACUACUAUCCAGACAUCGCCGCCAAUGGCUAUGAUGAAAACGGGUACAACCAAGUACCGCCAUAUGGAUGGAGUGACGCGUCCAUCACUAGGGAUAAUAACUCGAUAUCCGACGCAUACAUGCACACUAACAGGUACCCAACCGUCUCGCCAAUGUCGCCCUUCACCGAAUCAGCCCCAUCAACCUCAAGCAUGGCAUCCAACGGAACGCAAACUCAGCACGCAUCGACGAGCGAACCAAAUAACACCUUGUUCCUCACAGGUGGCGCUGAAAUACAACCGAUCAAUUUAGAAACCCUUGACGACUCCCCGGACCGCAUCGUCGCCAGCCUCCGCACCUCUGCCCGUCACCCCGUCGACUGCGGCAAAUGGAUCAUGGUCGGCGCCUCCUAUCGCGGCCGCGGCAACCUCCUCGCCGCGAUAGCCGUCAUCACCGCCAUGAUAGAAGUGAUGAGCUCCGCGGGCAUGGAGAGCGCGCAGCUCAAGCCCGCCGUGCUCAUGCUCUCCAGCUGCCACCUCGAGGUCGCCCGGCACCUGCGCGCGCAGAACGGCGCGGAGACCGCGCACAGCACCCGCCACCUCGCCCACGCGUGCGACGGCUUCCGGAGCGUGUACGGCGCGUUCGAGCCCCCGCGCCCGCCCGCCCUCCUCCUCGCCCCAGGCCACCCGACGGCGGGCCGCGCGCGGGCGCGGUCGGCCGCCGAGCCCGCCCCGCCGCGCGCGGUGCCCUCGAGCCCGCGGCACGGGCAGACGCGGAUGCUCGAGCGCGAGGUGCAGUCGCUGCGGGACCGGCAAGGCGCGCAGGUCGAGCAGCUCGCGCGCACCCGGGCGGAGAAGCGCAAGCUCGAGGAGGAGCUCGAGCGUGCGGCGCAGCGCCGACGCCGGCUCGAAGACGUGGUCGACAAGGCCGAGGCCGCGGAGGGCGCCGCACACGAGCGAGCACGGGCGGAGGAGGCUGAGCGAAGGCGGGCGGAGGAGCGGGCGGAGGAGAUGCGCCGGCGCGUGCUCGCGGCGGAGGCGCGGGUGGGCGAGGCGGAGGAGCGGGAAAGGAAGACGCGGGAGUAUUUUGGGAGGCUCGGCUUGAGUUUUUUGAAGGCAUCGAGGGGCGACAUGGGCGACAUUCCCGCAGCGGUGCGGAUGUGA